AUGCUCGGAUUUCGCAAAUUGCCUGCCAGUGAUCCCAAAGGUAGGUACCACCCUCCCUGCGUCGCGGCGGCUAACUCGCUUUCGAUACAGUCACCGUCCAGCUUACAAGGCUUCACGCGCUUAAAGCCUUCCGACCAGCAAUCCCUCCAGGCCAUUCUCACGAGAGCAUCUGCUGCUGCUGCUGCUGCUGCUGCUGCUGCUGCUGCUGCUUCCUCUCCUGCUUCACAACCUGCUGCUGCUGCUGCUGCCACUGCCGUCGCCGCUGCUGGAGGGAAGGGCGGGAAGGGAAAGAGGGCGAUGGAAGGAGCUUCUGGAGAGGAGGAGGGUAGGGCAGGAGCGGUGCUGGACGGUGCGGUUGAAGCAGGAAAGGCCUGUAACGCGGAUGAGAGCGGCAGUGAGGACUCCAGUGGACCUGAGAUGAAGAGGAGCAAGGUUGUCAGUGCAGGCUCCGCCACCUACCCUGCUCCUUCACCUGCUGUGAAGAAAGUUCUGGGAACCUUCUCUCAUCAAUCACUCAAGGGGAUGUACAAGGACGUUCCUCUGCCUCCUGGCUGGUUCGCAUUCUCCUCAGUCAUCCUUCAUCAGAGCCCUGAUCUGAAGCCAUCCAGUCGAAUCGCGGCCUUUGAUUUCGACGGCUGCUUGGUCAACACCAAUGUGCGCAUCAUGGGACCCAACGCCUGGUCUCUCAUGUUUGAUACCGUUCCCAGCGUGCUGCAGCAGUUCCAUCAAGCAGGCUACAAGAUCGUCAUCUUCACCAACGAGUCCAACAUAGAUCGCUUCACCAAGCAGCGCCACAAGGCAAUCGACAGCAAGAUCGGGCGACUGAACGGAUUUAUGCGUGCAGUGCCGGGCGUGCCCAUGCAGAUCUUCAUUUCCUGUGGUCGCAGCAACUCAGGGGACCUGUUCCGGAAACCAGAAGGGGGGCUAUGGCACUUGCUGUGCGAGUGUGGGAAUGAAGAGAGACAAGUGGAAUGGGAGAGCUCAUUCUUCGUGGGGGAUGCAGCUGGUCGCCCUCAGGACCACAGUGAUUCCGACCAGGUGUUUGCUCAGAGGCUGAACCUACCCUUUUAUCUGCCUGAAGACGUGUUUGGGCCAUCCCCCUGUCUCCCCAUUCCCCCUCCCGCAACAAAAUCCCCCAUUCCUCCCCGCAACCCAUUCCCCCUCUCCCGACAGCUGUUCCCCCUUUCCCCAGUGCCGCUGCUCGCCUGA